AUGUCAGUAAUAAUCAAUCCGAAAUAUAGAACUAAAUAUAUUUUAAAGAUUGAUCUGCCUGAAUACUCAAGCAUUUGGGACACAUUGAAAGAGAGCGAUAAUACUACUGAUAUCAUCAAUACUAAAGUUGAGGAUUACAAAGCAUCAAUAAGAGGUUGGGUUGAAAAAAUGGGCCGAAAACGUGGUCAGCUAAAUAACCAAUUAAUUGAUGAGGUUGUUGCGUUUGAAAAAGAACUUGCUAAAGCCUAUUCAGCAGCAUUGAUGGAUAAAUCUGAAGAUAAAUAUAUGAGUCUUGGUGAGCUCAUUGAAACUAGUCCUGAACGAAAGAUUCCAUGGGAAUUCGUGUUAAGAGAAAUUUUUGGAACCGUUAAUAUUACUUUAUCCAAGACUGAACCCAUCUUAUUAUCUCACCAAUCGUAUUAUAAGAGACUUGAUGAAAUAUUAUCGACUACCUCAAACAAAGUAAUUACUACGUAUAUUGGUUGGAAAUUUGUUUCCCAAUAUGGAGGACACUUAAAUGAUUUGCCUGUUGAUGAAGUGAAUCGUGAAAAAUAUUGCUUACAAGCAACAUUUAAAUAUUACAGUCAUGCAUUAAAGCGACUUUAUGUUGAAAAAUAUUUUGACUCGACUUCGCGAAAUAGAGUGGCUACAAUUGUGAAGACAAUUAAAACCUACUUAAUCAAUAACUUGCAAACUAUCUCAAUGGCCGAUAAAGAUCGUGAGAUGAAAAAUCGUAUUAAGAGAAAGCUUGAAAAAAUUGAAGGCUUGGUAGGUUAUGAUGAUUGGAUCGCCAAAAAGGAUAAAGUCGAAGAAUAUUAUUCAGACAUUCCCGAUUAUUCUGAUCGUAAAUAUCUUGGAAGUAUAAUAGAUGUAAUUACAGGACAAACUUAUAAAGAAUUAAGACGAUUGAGACAGAAAUUUACCAAACCAAUACCAAACCCCGAUGUUCCUGGUAUACUUUCUGUUGAUAGCUUCUUUGACCAAGAAAACUUGAAAUUAGGCUGCCCUGGUUCGAUAGAAAAGAUAUUCGCCAAGAAGCCAAAAAUUAGGAUUGGGGGGAUUGCAUGUGGCCGGCAAAACCUUGGUUCGAAAACCUGUGUGAGAAACUGUCUACGAAAGGCAGUCGAGCUAACAGGUACAAUCAAUUUUUUUUAUGUCAUCUUAAGUGCGUGA